GGUGAUACCUAACUACAGAGUCUUUCAACUUUAUUGAGUUCAAUCUGGUGACGGAAAUAACCCACACAACCUCCGUGCCCAUUGAUUCCUGCCAACGUCACGGUAAACACUGAGACUAGGAGGACAACCGAAGUCUCGCUCUGGUAUUCCGGGAAGGAAGGAGGAAACAGUUGAAGGCGUUAGGAGCAAAGAACAAAGACACAUUGGUGUCAAUUUCGAGAGAUCAUGAUAAACCUUGUCACGUCUGAGACGACCGUCAGCUUGCCAAGAGGCAGGGUUCCUGCUCAAACACACAAAUCAGGCGUGUCGUUGACGACUGGAGGCUGUAAAACCUCCGCAUGUGAGUUCCGGCAGCGCUCAGACAGGAAAUAUAGAGAAAGUAUAAAGAGACUUGGUUUGAUAGAGAGUGUUUACAUCCAGGAGCGGAACACUACCAGGAGUGUUGCAAUGUUUUGGACUUUCGUCAUCCUCAGUGCGGUCUUCACUGGAGGACGCACGUCGCCAAGCGUGAGUCCAUCUGCCCCGACAACCAGCAGCAUUGCGGAAGAAACAUGUCGCAUCUUCGACUCGGGCCGCUCCGCGGACUGCCUGGGGAGGCAGCUGGAGAGCGUCCCGUGGAGACAAUUUCCGUCCACACUGGAGAAGAUUGAUCUAUCCUAUAAUAAACUUCAAGCUAUCCGUUCGGACGACUUACACCGACUUCCUCGCCUGCGUGUCCUUCUGCUGGGGUACAACAAUAUCUCGCACAUUGACAGUGACGCCUUCCGAAACAACAGCUUGCUGGAACAUCUGAACAUCUUCAACAACUCCUUGCAGGUAAUUCCUGCUGCUGUACUGACAUCUCUCUUGAACUUAAAAUAUCUGUCUAUGUCCAACAACCUUUACAAACGUGCCACACUGGCUGAAGGCUUCUCCAGGCUGGUCAAACUGCAGGUUCUGUCCAUGGGUGGGCCUUUGGUGGAGGGCCUGAAGAGAGAAGACUUUCAGCCACUGAAGAACAUCAAGUUACAAAGCUUUGCAAUCAAGUGUUCCUCCAACUUAAGCUACUACCAGCCCGGGAGUCUCCGCAUUAUUCAAACUUCGCACAUUGGCUUCGACAUGGCCAUAGACCAACGCCCCGGCGCCCUCCUUCACAUGCUGCACGACCUCGCCAACAAGACCUUCAAUGCCAUCCAGUUCCGCAACCUCUUCGAGUUCAUGUACUACAUGGGAGAUGAGGAUAUCUUCCAGGGUCUAAAGGACAUUAGAGCUUAUCAGAUCAUCUUCCACAGAGGGAAAUUCAACGAGAACCUCCUCAGGAUGGCGUUAAUCAACCUCGAAACGGCCCCCAUCAAGAGGGUCAGGUUGCAGUACAUCGACUUUGCGCGCUCACCAACUUUUUUUGACAGUGGGGCUGAAUCACGCAUCACAGACCUGAAGCUGGACCAACUGGACCUCUGGUAUAUCAGCAAUCCCGAUAUUCUGCGUUUUGACUGGCGCUUCACCUGGUUCAACAAGAUCAAGCAGCUGUCCAUUCAGUAUGUUUACUUUAACUCGGUACCUUGCGACGCCUGGGUGGAGAUGGCAGGUGUGCAGGUCCUGGAUGUCUCCAACAACCGACUCUUGGACGAAUACAUCUUUAACCAGCGCUGCAGCUACAGGGGCGCCAUGCCAAAUCUUCACACCUUCAACCUGAGCACCAAUGAGCUGACCAACUUAAAAGAACUGUCACUGCUCACCAGACAUUUCCAGAAUCUGCAAGUGUUGGACGUUAGCAACAAUAAGCUAGGAUCUGCCGAAAGAAGCCGAGAUUGCGUUUGGCAACAAAACAUCACCAGGAUCAUCGCUCACCACAAUCAGUUCACAACCGAAGCCCUCUCCUGCCUGCCCACCACUGUCCACUUCUUGGACCUGUCCUCCUGCAACCUGGACCAGCUGGACGUGGCGUACUUUGAGAAGGCCACCAACCUGAAAGUGCUGCUGCUGAGUGACAACAAAAUCAAGUUCAUCCCAUCCAAGUGGGAGAGUUCAUCACUGCGGAGCCUGGCUCUGGAUGGCAAUUCCUUCGGUCUCAUUAGCAAGGAAUCAUUCCAGCUAAUGCCUGGACUUGUUCACCUAAAGGCUGGGAACAACCCUUACCACUGCACCUGUGAACUGCACGCCUUCAUUGAAGAAACCAAGGAUAAAGAUCAGUUCAAUUUGACCGACUGGCCUUGGAACUACAGGUGUUACCACCCAGAGCAGUUUCUGAACACAGUCAUAUCUCGUUACUUCCCGAGCCAGGUGGCGUGCGAUGUCAGGCUGGUCAUCAUCAUCAGUGUCGCAACGACCGCGGCGGUCAUUCUGAUUCUGAUGCUUAUUUGUUACUUUUUCGACCUCCCGUGGUACACCAAGGCCACCUAUCAGAUCAUCAAGGCCAAAUACAGAGCUCACAAGGAGAGAGCUGCGGGAGAACCUGGACAUUUUACCUAUCACGCCUUCAUUUCCUACAGCCACUGUGACGCAGAAUGGGUGAGAGAACAGCUCCUGCCUUGUUUGGAGAACAACCGGAACCCCUACCGACUGUGCAUUCACGAGCGAGACUUCAUGCCGGGACGGUGGAUCAUCGACAACAUCAUUGAAAACAUCGAGAACAGUUACAAGGUGAUAUUUGUCCUGUCGCGGCACUUUGUCAACAGCGAGUGGUGCAACUAUGAGCUGUACUUCGCCCAGCAGCGAGCCAUGGGGAAGACCUUCAGCGACGUCAUCCUGGUGGUCAAGGAGCCCAUCGACCCCGGCUCCCUGCCCAGCAAGUACUGCAAGCUGAAGAAGAUGCUGAGCACCAAGACCUACCUGGAGUGGCCCCAGGAGGCCACCCAGCAGGCCUUCUUCUGGGCGCAGCUGAGGAGCGUCCUGGGCAAGCCCACGCCGUCCAGACAGAAGUCGUCCACGGGGGGCCGUUCCCCGGCUCCGGGAGCAAGGAGGCCGUCUCCUAUCGGGGCGGCAGAGAACAUGAAUGACGACGUGCCCGCCGUGAAUCGUCAUCUCGUUCUUCGGCUUGUCGAGCGUCGAUCUAAAAUGAGCGGCCAGCUAGAGAAGGCCAUGGAGAGCCUCAUCGCCGUCUUCCACUCGUACUCGUCCAAAGAGGGCGACAAGUACAAGCUGAGCAAAGGCGAGCUGAAGACGCUGCUGCGGCACGAGCUCACCGACUUCCUGGCCGGUCGCAACGACGCGGCCGCCAUCGACAAGAUCAUGGCGGACCUGGAUGAAAACGGGGACUGCCAACUGGACUUCCAUGAGUUUGUGGUCCUGGUGGCGGCGCUGACGGUCGCCUGCAACGACUUCUUUGUCGGCAGCUGCAAGAAAAACUGUUCCUCAAAAGGUGACCACACCAGAGAGAAGUUCCUCUUCCGGUUUCCCAACACCCUUUGCCGGCCUCGUGUCGGCACGAGCCAGCGUGUCUCAAAGUGAUGAUCCAAGUGCUGCUUGGCGUCACGUGCUCGCCAACACGCCGUCUUGCUCCUUGCCCCCCCAGGCCCACACACCGGACCUAGGCUUCGAUAUCCUGGGGAAAAAAGUGCCACUAAAUGUUUUUUUUUU